UAUUAUUUGUCAUUUUAUAUAUGGAAAAUUUAUAAAUUUGAUUUAAAUUACAGCUCUGGCAGAAGUACUCAGUAUUAAAACUACAAAAGAUGGCGAAUUAUAUUAUAUACAUUAUAUUGACUUCAAUAAGAGAUUAGAUGAAUGGGUAACAAAAGACAGAUUAGAUCUGAAAAAAAUUCAACUUCCAAAAAAAGAAACAAAGACUCCCGUUAAAGAUGGGAAAACUGAAUCCAGACCAUCGUCUCCUGAAAGAGAACUUGUCCCUCCUCGCAUUCCUUCUUCUAUAUAUACAGAGCAGCCAGUUGUAAAUAACAGAUCACCAUCAGUGUUGUAUGUAGAUCAGAAUGUGACAAAUCGACCAACUUCAAUGCUUUUAUUGGAACAAAAUAUGAAUGGGAGUGCUCCUCCUAAAAAAUCAACAGGAGGUGGAGGUGGUGGUGGUGGUCGCAAACGAAAAUUUGCCUCUUUAGAUGAGGAUUCACAAGAGAAUACUCCAAGUCCCCGUAUAACAGGGAGUUUGGUAGCUCAUCAUGAUGAUCUCAUCACUCGAAUGAAAAACAUUGAAAUGUUAGAAUUAGGUAAACAUAGAAUUAGGCCAUGGUAUUUUUCACCCUAUCCACAGGAACUAGUGUCACUGCCUUGUAUUUAUUUAUGUGAAUUUUGUCUUAAAUACAUGAAGUCAAGAAAAUGCUUACAAAGGCAUAUGGCUAAGUGUAAUUUAAGACAUCCACCAGGGAAUGAAAUAUAUAGGAAGGGAACAAUUUCUUUCUUUGAAAUUGAUGGACGAAAAAAUAAAGUUUAUGCUCAAAACCUUUGUCUUCUAGCCAAAUGUUUUUUAGAUCAUAAAACAUUAUAUUAUGAUACAGAUCCAUUUCUGUUUUAUGUGAUGACUGAAUGUGAUAAUAGAGGUUUCCAUAUUGUCGGUUAUUUCUCUAAGGAGAAAGAAUCAACUGAAGAUUAUAAUGUAGCCUGCAUUCUGACACUCCCACCUUAUCAAAGGAAAGGAUAUGGGAAAUUGUUAAUUGAAUUUAGUUAUGAGUUAUCUAAAUUUGAAGGUAAAACAGGUUCUCCAGAAAAACCUUUGUCCGAUCUAGGAUUAUUAUCAUAUAGGAGUUAUUGGUCUGAAACGAUAUUGGAAAUAAUGGUGAAUUUGAAGCCUGGGGAAGGUGGUGAACGUCCUCAAAUCACUAUAAAUGAAACAUCGGAAUUAACUAGCAUUAAAAAAGAGGAUGUUAUAUCAACUCUUCAGUACCUGAAUCUCAUAAAUUACUAUAAAGGUCAAUACAUCAUCACCUUAACCAAAGAUGUAAUAGAAGCAUAUCAACGUGCUGCGGCCAAGAGAAUCGUUCGGAUCGAUCCAAAAUGUCUACACUGGACUCCUAAAGAUUGGUCAAAAAGAGGAAAAUGGUGAAAAUAAUAUAUUUAGUGCACAAAAGUUCUUUGCAUCAUUUGAUCUCAUUUUCAUCAUAAGACUAAAAUCUUCAGGUUCUUUGUUGCAAAGUGACUAAUUUGCAGAAUUAGUUGACAUUACAUUCUGUGUAUAAAUGCCAAAAUCAUUUAUAGUAAGUGAGGACUACUUCAUCUGUAAAUAGUUUCCGAAUUCUGUAAAGUUUCAUCUUUUUGGUUCCCAUCAUUCCGACCGAGUACGAUCACGACAGAAACCAUUUUCCGAUGUCACUUCUUGCAUAUUUAAAAAUGGCACAUACGAAGAGGCAGAAGAAUAUGGUUCUUCUUUGAAAUCAGAAUGUCGUAACUUUGACUUAAAAAAAAAAUGUUAACUCUUACUAUAUGAAUUUUGACUUGAAUGAAUGAAUUAAAAAUGUGUAAUAAAGGAAUUUUUUUUAUAGAAGAAUUGUAUUUAUAAAUAGAAGCUUAAGAUUUGCAUGACAGAACAGUUUUGUUGUCAGAUGAUCAUAUAUACAUUAAGGGAUUCAUACCUCACAAUUGUCAGAUCAGUUCAAAUCCACUCAUCACUAAGAUGGCCAUGCAAUAUCAAUCUACCAAUAUAGUGAUCUGGAUUCAAAUCCAGUUCAGACUAGGUAGUUUGGACCAAGGCAUCAGUCUCCAUCUCACUUAUGCUGACUAUUGCAUAUCUGAUCUGCCCAUAAUGAGUGAAAUUGUGAACAGCCUUGUAGAUUUUAAGAUUAUAGUGUUUUAUACUGUUGCCAGUUAAUUAAAUCUAAUUCAAAUCCUCAUUAUUUUUAUUGGUUUUUACAAUUUAUUCGUU